AACAUAAUCCUGAGGAGGAAGGCUGCUGCUAUCAUUUCGUGCCUGUUGGUCUGAGAGCUGAGUGCACUCAGCUCGUUCGAGAGGCUGAGACCGCACAUGAUAUUCAUGGCUUCACAUCUUUAACUCUUGUUUCUUUUGUCUCCCUAUCUCUCCACCCUCUGUUUGUUUUUGCCCUGCACUCUGACCAGCCCCGGGUCUCUCUUCACAGCAGAGUUCAGAAUUGCACUACAAUGUCUGCGGUGGCUUCUCUGCUGUGAGCACACAAAGGUUAUGCUGCCCAAAAGCUGUCUGAGUCCCAGUGAGAAAGAGAAGGGCUAAAGCCGCACCGAUCCAAAACAGCUUCCCAAAGCCUCUCCAGCAGCGAUUCCACUGUGGAGCCAUGAGCAACCCCAGCGCUCCCAACCAGAUAACGGAUGCCGUGGCAUCAGUUAUUCACAGUCCAGAGAAUCCUGUUGCUUCAUCACUACACGUGACUCCGCGCUCUGAUGAGGAGGAUGAAGGGGACUUGAACAAAGCCUUGGGGGUCCAGCGCUUCCAACAGAUCCUCAGCCCCGCUGCUGCUGUACCUGAUGAUCAACACCACAACUACCACGAGGAGGACAUUGAAUACAACCGUCACUCCUCUCACCACAUCCACCGACCUCUGUCCAAACUGCCCUCUGAGGGACGCAGGAAGAAAAGCAGCAAGAAAAGAAGAAAGGAAAAAGAUCACAAAAGCAGCCAUGUUCCCAGCAGUGGCCCCAUAGAGGAGGGAGAGGAUGAAGAAGAAGAGGAGGAUGAGGGGAUGGUGACUUCUGCUCCAUCUGAGUCAGAGAAAGUCAAAGAUGUGGAGUUCUUCCUUUCAGACGAAGACCAUGUGGCCAAACGUGGCAAAGAGAGCCCUCACUUGGCCCGUAAGCUGGAAAUCGUGCCACAGUCUGCAGAGGGAGCAGCAGCUGAAGAUGCAACUUCAUCAGAUAAGCCAGCCUUAUUCGACGCUUCCAGCCCCUCUACUCAGUCAGUGCCAGCUGAACACAUACCACUAGCCCGUGUGUCCUCUGCCAGCCGCAGCUACGACCUGCAAGAGCGCAGACGUACAGGCAACAUGACGGGUGCUGAGCAGGCCAAGUACCAGCGCAUCCCUACUGACGAGAGCGAGGCUCAGACGUUGGCCUCGGCUGACCUAGACGGCAUCAAGAGUCAUCGUUUUGAAGAUGUUCCUGGCGUGCGCAGACAUCUGGUCAGAAAGAGCACCAAGGGACAAGUGGUGCACACGGGCAAGGACCACAAAGAGCCGACCACUCGCAGUCGUAAGCAGGACCGAACCCCACAUGAGUCAUUGCCUGUGGUUCUGUACCGCUCUGCCUCGCGGCUCGAAGGCGUCCUGCUGGACAUGGACUUCGGUCAAAUGGCUGAGAAGGUCUUUGUGGAGCUGAACGAGCUGACUAUGGACAAGAACCAGGAGAUGCAGUGGAAGGAGACAGCUCGAUGGAUCAAGUUUGAGGAGGACGUAGAGGAGGAGACUGACCGCUGGGGGAAGCCUCACGUAGCCUCGCUUUCUUUCCGCAGUUUGCUAGAACUCAGAAAGACUAUCUCACACGGUGCAGUGCUGCUGGACCUGGACCAGAAGACCCUGCCUGGGAUCGCCCACCAGGUGGUGGAGCAGAUGAUAAUUUCUGACCAGAUCAAAGCUGAGGACCGAGCCAAUGUCCUAAGGGCCCUGCUGCUGAAACACAGUCACCCAAGCGACGAAAAGGAGCACAGUAGCCCUUUCCCCAGGAACAUCUCCGCGGCCAGCCUGGGCAGCCUGAUAACACAUCACAAUAGUGCCAAUCACACCCAUCAACCAGAACCGUCUGUGACCGACCCACUCAUUGGCACCGUCUACGCCUCGGGGGACAUGGAUACAUGCAUCGAUGUGGAGACAAACGAUGUACAGCAGAAGGAGCCGACCUUGGUGUCCGGUAUGCAUCGGUCCAAAUCCAAACAUGAGCUAAAGCUGCUGGAGAAGAUUCCUGAAAAUGCUGAGGCCACUGUUGUCCUUGUGGGCAGUGUGCACUUCCUGGAGCAGCCCACCAUGGCAUUUGUGCGACUGCAGGAGGCUGUGGAGCUGGAGUCUGUCCUCGAGGUCCCUGUUCCAGUCAGGUUUCUCUUUGUUCUGCUGGGACCCCCCACCACCAGCAUGGACUAUCACCAGAUAGGACGCUCCAUCUCCACACUUAUGUCUGACAAGCCUUUCCACGAGGCGGCUUACCUGGCAGACGACAGGCAAGACCUGCUGAAUGCAAUCAACAGCUUCCUGGACUGCAGCAUCGUGCUGCCCCCUUCAGAGAUGGGAGGCGAUGAGCUGCUGCGCUCCGUCGCUCGCUUUCAGAGGGAGAUGCUGCGCAAGAGGGAGGAGCAGGGGGUCAAACUGGCAAAGGAGCCUAAAAGCCAUGAAGAAAAAGAGGCCCUCCUCACACCAUUGAAAAAGUCAGACGACCCUUUAAAGCGCACCCGACGCCCCUUCGGUGGUCUGAUACGAGACGUGCGGCGCCGUUACCCAAAGUACCUCAGUGACUUCAAGGACGCCCUGAACAGUCAGUGCAUGGCUGCCGUUAUCUUUAUCUACUUUGCAGCUCUCUCUCCAGCCAUAACAUUCGGAGGCCUACUGGGUGAGAAGACAGACGGUCUGAUUGGUGUUUCUGAGUUGAUUGUGUCGACAGCAGUGCAGGGUGUGAUCUUCUGCUUGCUUGGAGCGCAGCCGCUACUUAUUGUGGGCUUCUCUGGACCCCUGCUGGUCUUUGAAGAAGCCUUUUACAGUUUCUGCAAAGCAAACGAAAUGGAAUACCUGACGGGCCGGGUCUGGAUCGGGUUUUGGCUGAUCAUCAUUGUUGUCGUCAUGGUGGCCUUCGAGGGAAGCUUCCUGGUCCGCUUCGUUUCCCGCUUUACCCAGGAAAUCUUCUCCUUCCUCAUCUCCCUCAUCUUCAUCUGCGAGACCUUCAUCAAGCUCGGCAGGAUUUUCAAGGAGCACCCGCUGAAAAGUUGCCCCUUGAACAACGGCACAGAAGGGGACGCCUUGAAAGAAAAUAUCACACUUCUAGGCAACGGCACCCUGCCAGUGACAGUCCAAAACCAGCCCAACACUGCACUGCUCUCUCUGGUUCUCAUGGCCGGAACGUUUUUCAUUGCCUUCUACCUGCGCAAGUUCAAGAACAGUGCAUUCUUCCCUGGAAGGUUGCGCAGGAUUAUUGGAGAUUUUGGCGUCCCGAUUGCCAUCCUCAUUAUGGUCCUGGUGGAUUACAGUAUAAACGACACAUACACACAGAAACUGAGCGUUCCAGAUGGUUUCUCUGUGACGAGUCCCAAUAAACGUGGUUGGAUCAUCAGCCCUCUGGGUACCAACGGUCAGUUCCCCAUCUGGAUGAUGUUUGCCUGCUGUUUACCCGCUCUGCUGGUGUUCAUCCUCAUCUUCAUGGAGACUCAGAUCACAACCCUGAUAGUUAGUAAGAAGGAGCGGAUGCUGGUGAAGGGUUCUGGUUUCCAUCUGGACCUGCUGCUGAUCGUGGUGCUGGGCGGCAGCUUGGCUCUGUUCGGCCUGCCGUGGCUCGCCGCCGCGACAGUUCGCUCGGUGACCCACGUCAACGCCCUCACUGUCAUGAGUAAGGCUGUCGCCCCCGGAGACAAGCCUCGCAUCCAGGAGGUGAAGGAGCAGAGGGUUACCGGGCUCCUGGUGGCCAUCAUGGUUGGUAUGUCCAUUGUGAUUGGUGACCUGCUGCGUCAGAUCCCCCUGGCGGUGCUGUUUGGUAUCUUCCUCUACAUGGGUGUGAUGUCCCUUAAUGGGAUCCAGCUGACCGAGCGGAUGCUGCUGCUGCUCAUGCCACCAAAAUAUCAUCCUGACCACACCUACGUACGCAAGGUUCGCACGCUGCGUAUGCAUCUGUUCACCUGCAUCCAGGUGGUGUGUUUGGCGGCUCUGUGGGCUGUAAUGUCGACACAAGCGUCACUGGCUUUCCCCUUCGUCCUCAUCCUCACCAUACCAGUCAAGAUGUUCCUGCUGCGCCGCAUCUUCACCGCCAGAGAGAUGGCUUGUCUGGAUGCGGACGAAGCGGAGCCAAAGUUUGAUGAACGUGAGUGUCACGAUGAGUACUCAGAGAUGCACAUGCCUGUGUAACUCGCAACAAGGCCUCAUUAUACCACUUAACUCCUCUUAUUGGACACCAAAAAUGUGUCAAUUACGCUACCAGCCAAUGAGAUCCAUAGUCCUUUAAACUUGAAACAAUCAUGAGUUGAUGCCAAAUCACUGUGCACCUCUCUUUGUUAUCGCUGAGACAUGAACGUAGGAUAUGUCGAAGGUGUGGUUGGUUGUUACUUUGGUCCAACUUAACUAUUUGGGUAGCUUUUUAUCAGAUUGUUUGGGACUUUUUUCUGCCGGUUUACAGCACUAAAUAUUUUAAUCUAACUGAUGAAAUCAAAUAGUUAACAGAGUGAGUUCACUCAUGAUUUACUUUAUCAAAUAUAUAUUUCAGGGGACAUGAGAAUCCAAAUCAAUUGAUGUGAUCUCAAGCCCAAAUUAAAUGUGAUUACAGUAGAUAGAUUUGCAAGACUAAUUAAUUUUUAGCCCUGAAAGGUUGCUCUGAUUCACAUUGAAUAUGUGGAGGAAAUAUGGGGUACAUUCUUUUAUAUUAGCACGCUGAGUUACCGCUGUUCCAGUUGGUCACUUUUGUCAUUUAUAAACUCACCUAGAGCCUUAUAAAUUAAAAAGGUAUACUGAGUUUUUUUCCACAUUCUGUCUCAUUUUAGACAGCUGAUCACUUUAACUGCCUCCUGAAGCUCAUAGCACUUUUUUAAGACUGAACAAUGACUGUGUUUUAUGUACAUGUAAUCAUUUUAUGUUUUUAGAGUCCUUUUUCAAUUCCCUUAAUAUCAAUGAUUCAUUUUCAUCUUAGCCUGUCUUUUAACUAUACAUCUUUGUAUUCGUUAAGAUCACCGGCAGAGGGAGCUCUAGCAGGACUGUGACAAUGACAUAACAAAACAUAAAAAACUGUACUAGAAAAUUUAAUUUUAGCUUUACACUAAUGACGUGGCAUCAUGUUUCUAAUCAUAACAGAAAAUUAACAUAGUGACAUAAUAAAUAUACUCUUAACUGUCGCCACACACAUGUUUAGGGCAUAAUGUUAUCCUGUAGAGUUUGUAUCACUUGGUGUGUUUAUUGGAAUCACAGUAAUUUAUUGGUUCCUUUGUCCAAGUGCCAAAUGUCUUGUGUUUAGUGAUCAGAAUAAUAAGCUCCAGUUCAGUCAUCUCACAUCUCCUAACAAUGUUUCUUGAAGAAGUUUCAGCAUAAAUUAACAUUUCAUAGCCUAACAUUCCUUGUGUUAUCAUAAUUUAGCUUUUUGGGGGGGGGACUAAUUUAAAAAUUUCAUUCACACUCCUGUCGUGAACUUGCCUGGUCGACCAAAUUUGUAUGGACAAUCUCACUAUUCACGCAUUACUGAGAGUGACUGCUGUUAAAAAUAUACAUACAGUAUGUUGUUUUUGUUUUAUGUCAUGUUGGGUCGGUGUGACAUGGAUUGGUUAAAUCUUUGACCGUGUGAAUGAACUUAAAUUGUCAGUCCUCUGUUCCUCUCAAGUGUGUAUUUGAGACACUACUUAUCCCUCUGAACUUUCCCAGCCUGACUGUCUUUGUGAUCUUGUGCCUGUUUGGUGACAAAAUGGUGCACAACCUCUCAAGUGCCUGAGGGACCAUGAAGUGAUCCGCUACAACUCAGUUGUGUUUGUCAGGACGACACACGUGUUACAAUAGUUUGCACUUUGGAGACGCUCAUAAAUCAAACAUCUUUACGUUAUUUAUCUGUCGCGAAAUAUAAGGCAUUAUUGCUGUUUUUGAAGAUGUAUUAUUUGUCACAUAAAAAAAAAAAAAACAUGUUUUUUUUUAUAUAUAAAUGUACACACACACAUUUGGCUGCAUCAUGGCCAUGGACAUUGAAGGAUGUUAAUGAGAAGUCGGCAGUGUCAGUUUUAUGUUUGUGCCUGUGGAUGAAAUGAAGUUGGUCUGUGUCUGUCAACGUUGUAAAAUGCGGAUUCAAUACGUCGUUCCAUUUCAAAAGCAAUACAAAGUCCAAGAGGCUAUUGCUGAUGUUCCCUUGUACAUUAAAGGUUGAAAUAUUGAUGACAAAUAAAAGUUAUUUUCUAUUUA